AAAAAUGCAGCGGACAGAAAAAAAGGCUUUUUGUGAUGUGAUUUGAGUUUACCAAAUUAAAAUUAAUUUUAGCUUAGUUAUUUAAAAUAUUUAAUAUGUGUAAUCAUUAUCUGUUUACAAAAUUGCGAUGAUUGGUACUGUUCAAUCAAGAUAAAUAAAUUGUGACCUUGAAAAAAGCAGCUGUCAACCUAACCAAGACUACUUCACAAAAGAUGUAUUAAACACAAAACUUGUUGAUAAUUUACCAUCAUGAGAAACGUGGAUUCUCAUCUCCUGGAUGGGAAAAUGGACGAGACUGUAACUCACUACAUAACAUCGCACCAGACAGGCGAGUCGGUGCACGUGGACAGCAAUGGCUUACCGCUCAAUGUCCAGGAGGACGAAGGGGGUCGUGUCGUCACCGUCAUGCACCCGCAGAGCUACUCACACUCUCAUUUGUGCCGGGGGGUGUCAGUGGGCGAGCCGGUGGGCGAGGGCCAGUGGGGCGAGGAGUUACUGGACACGGACACGCGGCUGGCAGCGUUCGUGGCGCACUUGCACCACCCACACGCGCCGCACCACAAGCACGCUUCUGUACAACCCGGUAGAGAUGUGGACACGUCGGUUAUAUUGGAUACUCCAAUGAGGCUGUUCAAUGGACAGAGUUUGGAGCAGCAAGAAGGGCUAGUAGUAGAAGUGCCCGCCCUGCCGCCCUUGCCACCACUGCAGGAGAUGAAAAUGCGCAACCAGGAGGCAGACUGGUUCAACAAUAAGACCAAAACUAUACUUAAGGAUGAUACGCCAAUGCUAACAGAUUCGGACGGCCCAGUGCUAGAAUUAGGAGCGAGUGCUUCUCCCGCUCAAAAUAAGCAAAACAAGAAGAGUUUGCCGCACAAAAAGAGGAUCUCUAGGAAAUUGAAACGAAAUAACGGGAAUAGCACUCCGCAGCAGCAGUUGGUAGUAAUAAACUGCUCAGACGAGGUGCAGCAAGAAGAAAUAUUACCCGACAACUUUGUAACCAGCGUCCAGCAUCAGCAGCAUAUUACGGAAACUCACCAUAUCACACAUGAGGUGCGGCCGAUCUUCAUCUGUCAGAUCUGCGGGGAGUUCUGCGGCGAGGACCAGCUGAAGUUCUACCACCACCUCAAGCAGCAUUACGAGCCACACACCAUCAUCAUCGAGAACCCCGUGCCGGAUCUGGCUAUUGAUAAGAUGACCAACACCUGCAUUGUGGACAACGUAGCAGCCUUACCAGAUUCCAUAAUGGAGCUGUCCCAGUCACUAGAGAACACUGUCCCUAAGACGAUGUAUCAACCUAUGGACAAGCACAUCCUGUACACCUCGAGCGAUAAGACGCUCAGCUACUCCAGCAAUAAGCUGCAGUAUACCAUAGCCAGUAUGGAUAAGGACCCGGCGGCGCCUACAACAGACGCUGAGAAGGUAGAAAUGUAUGAGCUGGAGAAACUGGAGGUGUACAGCUGCGUCAAAUGUAAUAAGUCCUUCAGGAAGCUCAAGCAAUGCGAAGCACACAUCAAGGAAGUGCAUAAGCUGGACGACAUGAGCGAGUUCAGCGAGCCCGAAGACCUAAUGGAAGGGAUCCACGUGGCGGUGGACGAGGCGGGCGAGCCCUACGACCACUCGUUGCUGCCGCACCUCACCGUCGAGAACGGGCACGUGCACCAGGACCACAUCCGCCACUGGUACAUGCGCAACGGCAGUCCGGCCAGCCCCCCCGGGGCGGGUGGGACGCGAUGCGGCGGGGACGGCGCCUACUGUCCCGUGUGCCCCGCGCCGCCCGCGCGCGAGCCGCCGCCCGAGCCGCACCAGCUCAAAGAGGAGGUCCUCCAAAGGAUAUUCGAGGCCGAAGUAUCAAACCCAGAGCCAUCAUUCCCGGAGAACAUUCUCCCGGACGCGCCGCCGCCGCCGCUGUCGCCGCCGCCCGCGCCGCCGCCAGACAAACUCGACGCCAAGAAGAAGCCGCAGAAGAAGUUUGAGUGCACGCAGUGCGGCCGCGUGUUCUUGCACAGGUACAUACGAGAUCUACAGGGUGGUAUCCAACCCGGAGCCAUCAUCUACAGGGUGGUAUCCAACCCGGAGCCAUCGUUUCCUGAGGACAUCUUGUCAGACGCACCGCCGCCGCCGCCAGACAAACUCGACGCCAAGAAGAAGCCGCAGAAGAAGUUCGAGUGCACGCAGUGUGGCCGCGUGUUCUUGCACAGAAACAGUCUGAUGUACCACCUUCUAUCGCACAGCGGCAAGCAGCAAGUAUGCCGCGAUUGCGGCAAGGGUUUCUAUACCGCCGCUGCCUUGAAGAUCCACAAGCGGACGCACAGCGACGACCGGCCGUGCAAGUGCGAGGAGUGCGGGCGCGAGUUCCGCCAGUGGAGCGACCUGAAGUACCACAAGACCUCCAUACAUUCCGACCAGAAACACUUCAAAUGCGAGUUCUGCGGAAAAGAGUUCGCUCGCAAAUACUCGCUGAACCUCCACCGGCGCAUCCACACCGGCGAGAGGAACUACAAGUGCGAGUACUGCAGCAAGAGCUUCCGCGCCUCCUCCUACCGCCUCAGCCACAUGCGCACGCACACGGGCGACCGGCCGUACAAGUGCAACGAAUGCGAGAAAUGCUUCCGUGUAGCUGGCGACCUGCGACGCCACACGCUGACGCACGACAAGUCGCGCGCGCGCCUUCGCGACAAGCCUCGCGUGCGCGACCCCAAGCUCGAGCCCAAGCCCGACGUCAAAAUCGAAAGCGCCGACCCCACCCCCACCCCCGAAACCCCCGCCAAAACCUUCAAAAAAGUCGCCCUCGCUUCCACCACGCGCCUCCCCACCAUCCUCAAGGUCGAGAAAAAACCCCGCCUCAAGAAAAACCCCGUCAACAAAAAGGGCGGCGCCCCCAACGUCACCGUCGCCAAAAACGACACCUUCAAAAUCGCCGAGAACAACGAAAUCGAGGUCUUCGAACUCCGCCAGCCCAGCCACUACAAGGAGAUGUACGGCGAUCAAGUCAAGGACUACGGCGAGCACAUGUACAAGGACAGCGAGCGGGUCUCCGACGACCGAGAUAUCAUGUUCCGAAACGUGUGUGACGUCGAAAAGCCGUACCGAAGUGAGAACACUGACGGUAAGAUGCAAAUAUACACUCACGUAGAAAAGACUAAGGACUAUAGCGGGCCGGUUAUAAGUAGUUCGGUCUCUUUGGGCGAUAUUAGGCAUCUGGAGAGGGAGCUGGCUAGGGAGGUCAGGCACGACGGACUGCACGGGGAGACGAUCGAAAACGGUUUUUUAGAUAGACUGACAGCGUUAUACAAUAUAUCGGCCGUAUGAGACUUGCUAAAAACUAACAGGAAUAGAUCCCUGAAAUGUCGUAUAUUAUCACAAUAUUCACGAUUUACAUUAUAAUUUGUUGCUGGAUCACACAAAUUCAUUCCUAUUUAUUUCAAAUUAACACAAAUCAGUAUAAGCAUUAGAUAAAUAACAACAGACAACCGCCGUUCUGUGACAAAUAUAAUACUUUGCUAUGUGCGGUAGCGACGGGCCACAUUUCAAGACUGCGGAGACGCGCCGGCGUGGUCCGUGGCUCUAAUUAAUGCACACCCGACUGACUGACUGACUCAGACACUUAUUUGAGUUUGACAUGAACGCUUACUUUGACGGCGGCUCCUAUAAAAUAAGUUGUGCUAAAAAUUCCCAUGACUUGAAAUCAUAGCAGCACCAGUAAAAACCUUUUGUUUUAUAGAGAAUUCAAAUAUGUUAUAAAAAUUCUAACCCCUUAUUAAUACUUAACCCAGUACAAAAACAUUUUUGAACUUGUUGGGCCUGUGAUUAAAGGUUAUCAAAAAUAAUAAAGUAAUUCAGCUGGGCUAGCGCAUGCGCGCCGUGAUAAAAUCUUAUCGAUGAUUUUAGACGUCAAAUGUAUUUUAUCGCGUAAAAUCGAUAAAAUGCCUCUAUAAACGUUUAUCAUGGUGCGCAUCCUAGGCCUACUGUUUACUGUUCCUAGCGAUAAAUAAUAUUAGAUCUAAUCAGCUAGACGUAAAAAAGCAAUAAGUAACUACUUAAUUCAACAAUAGAAAACAUUGCCCCUUUUCUGAUGUGGGGUAAAAAAGACUGUCCAUUGGAUCAUGAGCAAUAAUGGGAGAACAUUGUAUGUGUACAUCGUCUGCCGUGAUCACACCGUGAUAUGAUUAACUAUAACUAUACUUAAUAAACUUAAUUCUAGGUACAAUUGAUAUACUUAAUUAUAAUAAUAAACUAGACAAUCCUAAUUUAUUGUAGAACCAAUGUAUAUCGACCAUUAGUACAUUAAACGGAUGUAUACAAAGUUACAUAUUUAUUUUCAAUGUGUGGGAAGUGUGAUUAGUAUAGCAAUAAUAAGGUGCUAAUAAGUUGGCACAGUCGUCAGUAAGCUUGGAUUAUCUAAUUUGAAAACUAGAUUUCUCAUUUGAAAAAGCUAGGCAAUUAAUUAAGCGAUAAUAAAUACAGUAUAAUUUGUUGACCCCUAUACACAUAACAAGCAUUUUGUUUUCAUAUGGGUCACUUAACAAUUAGGAAUUGAUGGUGAAAACAGGCAUUAUUCAAUUUGCUAGGUUGCAGGCAACAUCUUGCAUUAAAGGCUAGAUGACAAAAUUUCUAUUAUUUGUCCGUCAGACAGAUAAUU